GAAGACGGUUGCGCUCGCUCGCUGUCUCGGCGUCAUGGCGGCUGCCGGGGGCCGAUAAGCAGCGGGAGCGGGAGCGCGCUUGCCGGCGGCGGCGGAGACCACCCCUCGGUGAACCAGAAGGUCCGAGAACACCCAUGAAUGUUGAAGAAAACUCAUCUGUGAAAUUUUGAUAUUCAAGAAUUAAUAAUCAUAUUCAUCUUUUAAACUGGGGAGAUUUGUGUUUCAUUUUAAAACUGUUUGAUAUUUACAAUGAAUGGACACAGUGAUGAAGAAAGUGCUAGAAACAGCAGUGGAGACUCAAGCCAGUCGGAUGAUGAUUCUGGGUCAGCUUCAGGCUCUGGAUCUGGCUCGAGUUCUGGAAGCAGCAGCGAUGGAAGCAGUAGCCAGUCAGGGAGCAGUGACUCUGACUCUGGGUCGGACUCAGGCAGUCAGUCAGAGUCUGAGUCAGACACAUCCCGAGAGAAGGUUCAAGCAAAACCACUGAAAGUUGAUGGCACAGAGUUUUGGAAAUGCAACCCUAGUGCCCUGGCUGUUCAGAGAUCUGCAGUGCUGAAGAAGCAGCCACAGCCUCAGAAGCCCCCUUCCUCCAACAGUGGAUCUGAAGAGGAUUCCUCUAGCAGUGACGAUUCUGAUGGCUCAUCGAGUGAGCUCAAGAGGAAGAAGCAUAAAGAUGAGGAUUGGCAGAUGUCCGGGUCAGGAUCUCCGUCUCAGUCUGGGUCUGAUUCUGAGUCUGAAGAAGAAAGAGAGAAAAGUAGUGGUGAUGAAACUGAAUCUGAUUAUGAGCCGAAAAACAAAGUCAAAAGCAGAAAGCCUCAAAAUAGAUCUAAGUCAAAAAAUGGAAAAAAGAUUCUUGGACAAAAAAAGAGGCAAAUUGAUUCGUCUGAAGAAGAUGAUGAUGACGAUUAUGAUAAUGAUAAACGAAGUUCUCGCCGCCAAGCCACAGUCAAUGUUAGCUAUAAGGAAGAUGAGGAAAUGAAAACAGAUUCUGAUGACCUGCUAGAGGUCUGUGGAGAGGAUGUUCCUCAACCUGAGGAGGAUGAAUUUGAAACAAUUGAAAGGUUUAUGGAUUGCCGACUUGGGAGAAAAGGAGCUACUGGUGCUACUACAACUAUCUAUGCAGUUGAAGCAGAUGGUGACCCAAAUGCAGGAUUUGAAAAAAACAAGGAACUAGGAGAGAUUCAAUAUUUAAUUAAAUGGAAAGGAUGGUCACAUAUCCACAACACCUGGGAAACAGAAGAAACCCUCAAACAGCAGAAUGUUAGAGGAAUGAAAAAAUUGGAUAAUUAUAAGAAAAAAGAUCAAGAGACAAAAAGAUGGUUGAAAAAUGCUUCACCGGAAGACGUGGAAUAUUAUAAUUGCCAGCAAGAACUCACAGAUGAUCUGCAUAAACAGUAUCAGAUAGUGGAGCGUAUAAUUGCUCAUUCCAAUCAGAAGUCAGCAGCUGGCUAUCCUGAUUAUUAUUGCAAGUGGCAGGGGCUUCCUUAUUCAGAGUGCAGCUGGGAAGAUGGAGCUCUCAUUUCCAAAAAGUUUCAAGCAUGUAUUGAUGAGUAUUUUAGCAGGAACCAGUCAAAAACUACUCCUUUUAAGGAUUGCAAAGUAUUGAAACAAAGACCAAGAUUUGUAGCACUGAAGAAGCAACCUUGCUAUAUUGGAGGACUGGAAGGUUUAGAAUUAAGAGAUUAUCAACUGAAUGGUUUAAAUUGGCUUGCUCACUCUUGGUGCAAAGGAAAUAGUUGUAUACUUGCUGAUGAAAUGGGCCUUGGAAAAACAAUACAGACGAUCUCAUUUUUGAACUAUUUGUUUCAUGAACAUCAGUUAUACGGACCUUUUCUGUUAGUUGUACCACUUUCUACUCUCACUUCCUGGCAAAGGGAGAUUCAGACUUGGGCUUCUCAAAUGAAUGCUGUGGUUUAUUUGGGUGACAUUAACAGCAGAAAUAUGAUAAGAACUCAUGAGUGGAUGCAUCCCCAGACUAAACGGUUAAAAUUUAAUAUACUUUUAACAACGUACGAAAUUUUAUUAAAGGAUAAGGCAUUCCUUGGUGGUUUGAAUUGGGCCUUUAUAGGUGUGGAUGAAGCACAUCGAUUAAAGAAUGAUGAUUCCCUUCUGUAUAAAACUUUGAUUGAUUUUAAGUCUAAUCACCGUCUCCUUAUCACUGGAACUCCUCUGCAGAACUCGCUGAAAGAGCUCUGGUCAUUGCUACAUUUCAUUAUGCCAGAAAAGUUUUCCUCCUGGGAAGAUUUUGAGGAAGAACAUGGCAAAGGGAGAGAGUAUGGUUAUGCAAGCCUCCACAAGGAACUGGAGCCAUUUCUGUUACGACGAGUUAAGAAAGAUGUGGAAAAGUCUCUCCCUGCCAAGGUUGAACAGAUUUUAAGGAUGGAAAUGAGUGCUUUACAGAAACAAUAUUACAAGUGGAUUUUAACUAGGAAUUACAAAGCCCUCAGUAAAGGUUCCAAGGGCAGUACCUCAGGCUUUUUGAACAUUAUGAUGGAGCUAAAGAAAUGCUGUAACCAUUGCUACCUCAUUAAACCACCAGAUAAUAAUGAAUUCUAUAACAAACAGGAGGCCUUACAACACUUAAUCCGUAGUAGUGGAAAAUUAAUUCUUCUAGACAAGCUGUUAAUUCGCCUAAGAGAAAGAGGCAAUCGAGUGCUCAUUUUUUCUCAAAUGGUGCGGAUGUUAGAUGUCCUUGCAGAAUAUUUGAAAUAUCGUCAAUUCCCCUUUCAAAGAUUAGAUGGAUCAAUAAAAGGGGAGCUGAGGAAACAAGCCCUAGAUCAUUUUAAUGCUGAUGGGUCAGAGGAUUUCUGCUUCUUGCUUUCUACGAGAGCUGGGGGUUUAGGAAUUAAUUUAGCUUCUGCUGACACUGUUGUCAUAUUUGAUUCUGAUUGGAAUCCACAAAAUGACCUUCAAGCACAGGCAAGAGCUCACCGAAUUGGGCAAAAGAAACAGGUGAAUAUAUAUCGUCUAGUUACAAAGGGAUCAGUUGAAGAAGAUAUUCUUGAGAGGGCCAAAAAGAAGAUGGUUUUAGAUCACCUUGUGAUUCAGAGAAUGGACACAACGGGGAAGACAGUACUGCACACAGGUUCUGCUCCUUCAAGUUCUACCCCUUUUAAUAAAGAAGAAUUGUCAGCCAUUUUAAAGUUUGGUGCUGAGGAACUUUUUAAGGAGCCUGAAGGAGAAGAACAAGAACCCCAGGAAAUGGAUAUAGAUGAAAUCUUGAAAAGAGCUGAAACUCAUGAAAAUGAGCCAGGUCCCCUCACCGUGGGAGAUGAAUUGCUUUCCCAGUUCAAAGUUGCCAACUUUUCAAACAUGGAUGAAGAUGACAUUGAAUUGGAACCUGAAAGAAAUUCAAAGAACUGGGAAGAAAUCAUUCCAGAAGAUCAAAGAAGACGAUUAGAAGAGGAAGAAAGGCAAAAGGAGCUUGAAGAAAUUUAUAUGCUCCCAAGAAUGAGAAACUGUGCAAAACAGAUUAGCUUCAAUGGAAAUGAAGGGAGGCGCAGUAGAAGCAGGAGAUAUUCUGGAUCCGAUAGUGACUCAGUCUCCGAAAGGAAAAGGCCAAAGAAACGUGGAAGACCACGCACUAUCCCUCGGGAGAAUAUUAAAGGAUUUAGUGAUGCAGAAAUUAGGCGGUUUAUCAAGAGCUAUAAGAAAUUUGGUGGCCCUCUGGAAAGGUUAGAUGCAAUUGCUCGAGAUGCUGAAUUAGUUGAUAAGUCAGAAACAGACCUAAGACGACUGGGGGAAUUGGUACAUAAUGGUUGCAUUAAAGCAUUAAAGGACAGUUCUUCAGGAACCGAACGAACAGGUGGUAGUGGUAGGCUUGGAAAAGUCAAAGGGCCGACGUUUCGUAUAUCUGGCGUACAAGUCAAUGCCAAGCUCGUUAUCUCCCAUGAGGAGGAGUUAAUGCCUUUGCACAAGUCCAUUCCUUCUGACCCAGAAGAGAGAAAGCAGUAUACAAUCCCAUGUCACACGAAGGCAGCUCAUUUUGAUAUAGACUGGGGCAAAGAAGAUGAUUCCAAUUUGUUAAUUGGUAUCUAUGAGUAUGGAUAUGGAAGCUGGGAAAUGAUUAAAAUGGAUCCCGACCUCAGUUUGACACACAAGAUUCUUCCAGAUGAUCCUGAUAAAAAACCACAAGCCAAGCAGUUGCAGACACGUGCAGACUACCUCAUCAAAUUACUUAGCAAAGACCUUGCAAAAAGAGAAGCUCAGAGACUUUCUGGUGCGGGAGGUUCAAAGAGAAGAAAAGCAAGAACUAAGAAGAGUAAAGCACUGAAGUCCGUGAAAGUAAAAGAGGAAAUAAGGAGUGACUCUUCCCCUGUGCCUUCAGAGAAGUCUGAUGAAGAUGAUGAUAAAUUGAGUGAAUCCAAGUCUGAAAAUAAGGAAAGAUCCAAAAAGUCUUCAGUGUCAGAUGCUCCUGUUCACAUCACUGCCAGUGGUGAGCCUGUUCCCAUAUCAGAAGAGUCAGAGGAGCUGGACCAGAAGACAUUCAGCAUUUGUAAAGAAAGAAUGAGGCCUGUCAAAGCAGCUUUGAAACAACUUGAUCGGCCUGAGAAAGGCCUUUCUGAAAGAGAACAACUGGAGCACACCAGACAGUGCUUAAUAAAAAUUGGAGACCAUAUCACAGAAUGCCUGAAAGAGUACACAAACCCUGAGCAAAUUAAACAGUGGAGAAAAAACCUAUGGAUUUUUGUGUCCAAGUUUACUGAGUUUGAUGCAAGAAAAUUGCAUAAACUGUAUAAGCAUGCUAUUAAAAAACGGCAAGAAUCUCAGCAAAACAGUGACCAGAACAGCAAUAUGAAUGCUCACAUGACUAGAAAUCCAGAUAUGGAAAGAUUAAAAGAGAAUACAAAUCAUGAUGAUAGCAGCAGGGACAGUUAUUCUUCUGAUAGACACUUAUCUCAGUACCAUGAUCAUCAUAAAGACCGACAUCAGGGAGAUUCUUAUAAAAAGAGUGAUUCCAGGAAAAGACCAUACUCUUCAUUUAGUAAUGGCAAAGACCACCGUGAAUGGGAUCACUACAAGCAAGAUAAUAGGUACUAUGGUGACAGAGAGAAACACAGAAAAUUGGAUGAUCACAGGAGUAGAGAUCACAGGUCAAAUUUGGAAGGAAGUCUAAAGGAUAGAUCUCAUUCUGAUCAUCGAUCUCAUUCAGAUCAUCGGUUACAUUCAGAUCACCGGUCAAGUUCUGAGUAUACACAUCAUAAAUCUUCCAGGGAUUACAGGUAUCACUCAGAUUGGCAGAUGGACCACAGAGUUUCCAGUAGUGGCCCCAGGUCACCAUUGGAUCAGAGAUCUCCUUAUGGCUCCAGGUCUCCAUUUGAACAUUCAAAUGAACAUAAAAGUACACCUGAGCACACAUGGAGUAGUAGGAAAACAUAACAGAAAGUGAUGCUUGGUCUUCUGGACUUUGAUUUUAGCCAUAGAUCAUAAACCACCACAGUAAUUGCCUUACAUGACUUGAAAGAUACAGUCUUCUCAGUAGCAGUAUUGUUACUUCUUUCCAGGAUGCAAGGUCUAUUAUCCCAACAGAAGAGAAAAUAUUUUUAUAUUUAAGGAUUAUGCUGCACUGUGCUACAAAUAUUGUAGUACUUUUUUUUUCUUUUUUUUUAAAGAAAUGGAAAAUGUUUACUAUAACAGGGACCUCAACACUGCCCUACCAUAUAGGUUGAAUAAAACUGUUUUUUACGUCGGUGAUUUUAGGCUGACCUCCAUUUAAGUUAUGUUUGUAUAUGAACUUUAAUCUGACCUGUGAUCAUGUUUCAGGAAGGAAUGAAAGAGAGUUCUUUUCUUAAUCAAGAAAAAACACUCAAGGACUUUGUUCACUUUCCAAAGCUACUUGUUUACAUUGUACACUGCGACCACCUUGCCGCUUUUCAUCACAAGCUUGAAUAUUUAAAUUCUGUACUUAUAUCUGUAAUAUAGCCGGGAAUUUCCUUUUUGUGAUCUAUUAUUAUGCUUUUUUAAAAAAAGAAAGAAAGAAAGAAAGAAAAAGAUGGCUGUAAAUUAUUGUAAAUGUAUUAAAUGAGCUUUCCUUACUUCCUUCCCCUUCUCAGGCUUUUUUUGACUGUUCCUUUCCCUACCAACUCAGGCCUUCUUAUUAAAAUAUCAGUGUAAUAACACUUUUUAAUGAUUUGUUUUGAUGGAAUCAUUGUUUAGAAUGUAAAAAUGGGGAAAGGGGCCACUUAUUUCCAUUAGUCCACUUUUUAUAUUGAAUAUUUUUAUGAGACGCUGCCUCCCUUCUGCCUUUUUUAGUCAAUAUUGUUUGUAGUAAAAGAGAAAAAAUACUGGUGAGAAAAUGUGUAAAAUCUAAACUGUAUGCUCUGGAAAGAUGUUUUUCAGAUGCAUUUGGUUUAAAAGGAUAGGUGUACGAACACUUCAGAACCCAAAAUGGCCAAAAGUUAUUGUAAAUCCAUUUGUUUUCCCUUUUUUAUGUGGGCAAUAAUGUCAAAUGUGCUAUGCAGCCAGGUUAACAAUUUAGAUAAACUUGAUUGACUUUUAUUAUGAACUGUUAAAAUGCACACUGAUUGUAUAUAAAAACCUUAUAUAUGACAAAUUAAAUAUAAGAAAAAGGA